CACCCCAUGACAUCUAAAUCGUUUUGUAAUUAACAGUGUUAUUUACAGAACAUGUAUAUAAAUUGUAAGUAAACUAAAAGCAAACAUGUUGAGGUCAUUCUACUGUAGAAUAAUUCUUGGCAACAUAUCGCAUCCACGUUUUCGGCAAUUAUACAAUACAAAAACAUGUAAAUCACAGCAUUCGCUCCAUUGGCAUAAAUUUGACAAACAAAAAUGUCGACUUUUGUCAUCGAGUACGGGCAAAACGUCCGAACAAUUUUGCAUCGAUAAACCGAUGAAAUGGCCAAGUGGAAAACCAGCAAAUUAUAAAUUUCACGAGGAUACCGAGAAUGUUUUAAACGAACAAAUAAACUCUGAAUUAAAAGCUUUUUAUUACUAUCUGUCUAUGGCUGCAUACUUCGGACGCGCUGAUGUAGCGUUACCCGGUUGUGAAUCAUUUUUCAUUCAAAUGCAUCACGAAGAACAUGAGCAUGCUCUCAGGUUUCUAAAUUAUGUUCAAAUGCGCGGGGGACGUGUACAUUUAUGUCCGGUUCUGCCCCCCACUGACCAAGAUUGGAAAUGUCCUCUGCACGCGUUUAAAAAAGCAUUGGAAUUAGAGAUUGAAGUAACCGAAAAGCUGGUAGCGGUAAAUACUGUGGCGGAGAAACAUGGCGAUUUAAAUGCAAGUGAUUUUAUUGUUACCGGUUUUAUGGAAGACCAAAUGAAAAGCGUGAAUGAAAUGGGAAGAUUUGUGGCUGUCUUGUCUGGAAUUGGUGAUCAGGCGUUGGCACGUUUUAUGUUUGAUAAAGAUUUACUCGACAGUCACGUUGUACCGAAAUUUAAUGUUAUCCGCACCAAAUUUCAUACAAACAAAACAAGCAGCACUUCCGUUUCCAUGUAAAAUUAUGCGGGAACGCGUAAUCGUUUUAAUGACGUAUAUUGUAACGUUUGUUAAUUACCAUCUUCUCUUUGAUUUAAUACAAAUAAAACUAUAUAUAUAAUGAAUUA